GUGUGUGUGUGUGUGUGAGGCUGUAGUGCUGUUCCCGCUGCUGCAGUGAUGAUGAAGGUGAGAUGGAGCGCGCGGAGCGGAUGGUGCUGUGCGCGCUCGCGGUGCUCGUGACAGCGCUGAUGGGCGCGCGCGCCGUCACCUGCAGCAUCGCGGGACAGCCUCAACCUCACGCGCUCCCGGUCAUCACCGCAAACACCACCGACAGCUCCAGCUCCUCCGGCUCCUCCGGCUCCUCCAGCUUCUCCAGCUCCUCCAGCUCCUCUCCACGCUUGUGCUCGGCUGCACCGGCUCGGCGCGCGCGCAGUUACCCGCACCUGCAGGGCGACACGCGCCGCCGGAAGCUCUACUCCUUCCAGAGUCUCUUCCUGCGGAUCGACGGCAGCGGGAGAGUCAGCGGCACCAGGAGCAGACACGAUGUGCACACUGUCCUGGAGAUCACAUCUGUGGAUGUGGGAGUGGUGGCCAUACGGAGCCUGACCACAGGUUACUACCUCACCAUGAACAGAAGAGGAGAAGUGUUCGGAGAGAGAGAGUACAGUGUGAACUGUCGGUUGAAGGAGCGCAUCGAGGAGAACGGCUACAACACGUACGCCUCAGCGCAGUGGAGGAAACGACACAGAGCAAUGUUCAUUAGCCUGAACACUAACGGGAAACCGCUGCGUGGCACAAAAACACACAGGAGGAACACAAACACACACUUCCUGCCCAUCAGUGUGUGAGUGUGAGACAAACCCACACGGAGUGACGGGACACACAGCACGAUGGUCAAGAUCAUCAACGUGUAAUAAAGGACUGGUGAGACGUGUGUGUGAGAAGCUCAGGACUGAAGAACAUGGAGGGGUUCACUUCAUACUGAUCUGGCAUUAGAUCAGAACUUUUAUUCCUCUGCAGCAGUGAAUUAAACACCUACACACACAAACGCACACACCCACAUAUGCAGGAAGCUGGUCCCAGACCUAUUCUGAAGUUAGAAUUCAGAACCUGGAAUUCAGAAUUUAGGAUUCAGAACCUGGAAUUCCAAAGUUAGGAUUCAGAAUCUAGGAUUCAGAACCUGGAAUUCCAAAAAUUCAGAACCUGAAUAUCAGAACCUGGAAUUCCAAAGUUAGAAUUCAGAACCUGGAAUUCAGAAUUUAGGAUUCAGAACCUGAUUAUCAGAACCUGGAAUGCAGAAUUUAGGAUUCAGAACCUGGAAUUCCAAAGUUAGAAUUCAGAAUCUGGAAUUCUGAAAUUAGAAUUCAGAACCUGGAAUUCUGAAGUUAGAAUUCAGAACCUAGCAUUCCAAAGUUAGAAUUCAGAAUUUAGGAUUCAGAGCCUGGGAAUAUCAGAACCUGGAAUUCCAAAGUUAGAAUUCAGAACCUGGAAUUCUGAAGUUAGAAUUCUGAACCUGAAUAUCAAAACCUGGAAUUUAGGAUUCAGAAUCUGGAAUUCCAAAUAAUUCAAAAUCUGGAAUUCUGAAGUUAAAAUUCUCAACCUGAAUAUCAGAACCUGGAAUUCAGAAUUUAGGAUUCAGAACCUGAAUAUCAGAGCCUGGAAUUCAGAAUUUAGGAUUCAGAAUCUGGAAUUCCGAAGUUAAAUUCUGAAACUGAAUAUCAGAACUUGGGACUCACCCUAGAAUUCAGAAUUUGAAAUUUAGAAAAUGAAAACUCAGAGCGCAACACUCUCAACCUGAAAUUCAGAACCUGGAACUCAGGAAUAGACCACAAAAAAAAAAAAAGAAUUUAAGACAUGAAGCUCCAAGGAUUUGCAAUUCAGAACCUGGAAUUGUGGAAAUCAGAUGAAUCUCAACUUGUAACUGGCACAGACUUCAGAACUGAAGUGAAACAGAACUCAAAACUUGUGAGAAUUCAGAACUUAAAAAUAUAAAAACAAGGUAUCUAAAACUUAAACAGCUCAGACAGCAUAUAAUAAUAAUAAUAAUAAUAAUAAUAAUAACCAAUAGACUAGAAGGAUAUUUGAGUAACAUCCAUGUAGGGGUGAAACCCUUUACUAUGCAGAAGACUGUUCUGCUUGGAUCAGUGAGGAUCCUCUGUAGGGCCCUGGAUUGCUGAGGGGACUUUUUGUGGCCAGCACAGGACUCACCAGUACAUACGUACUGUGAAGGAAAUCAUAUCUCAUCUCAUCUCAUCUCAUCUCAUCUCAUCUCAUUAUCUCUAGCCGCUUUAUCCUGUUCUACAGGGUCGCAGGCGAGCUGGAGCCUAUCCCAGCUGACUACGGGUGAAAGGCGGGGUACACCCUGGACAAGUCGCCAGGUCAUCACAGGGCUGGAAAUCACAUCAAUAAUAAUAAUAAUAAUAAUAAUUCAUAAGAGAACCUGAAUCUGAGAGAUGUAACCGGAUCUUCUCACAUCAGUGCUGAGACGUGUGGAGCUGCUCCAGGGUUCUGAGACACGAUUAUUUAUUUAUUUUCACUUGAUGUGUAAAGUGUAGUAGAGUAUAGUACUAAAGAAUCUGAUA